AUGGAAAAACAACUGGUCAUAGUUGACUGCGAUGCAGGUAUUGAUGACGCUCUUGCGUUAAUUCUGCUAGCUGGGGCGCACAAAUUGAAUAAAAUUCAACUACUGGCAGUGACAUGUGUUAAUGGAAAUACAAUCGUAGAAAAUGUGGUCAAUAAUGUCUUCAGGACACUACAGACAUGCGGUCUUGCAGAUAUACCAGUUUACAAAGGUGCUCAUUCUCCAUUACUGAGCACAGAAAAUGCCAGGAUAUCCGCUACUGAGCAAUUUCACGGGCCUGAUGGAUUUGGAAAUAUGUUUAAGGAUAAGCUGGACAUAAGCAAACUUCAAAAAGAACAUGCUGUACACGCGUUGUAUAGAAUGGUUUGCAAAAACCCUGGAGAAGUAUCUAUAGCUUGUAUCGGUCCUUUGACCAAUAUAGCAUUAGCUAUUAGGUUAUACCCUGAUUUCAUCAGCAAAGUUAAAGCGUUUUAUGUAAUGGGCGGCAACUACACCGCUCAAGGCAAUAUCACAGCACAAGCGGAGUUUAAUUUUUACAGCGAUCCCGAGAGCGUUCACAUUUUCUUGGCGAACAGUAUAAAACCAUACGUGCUUUUACCAUGGGAGACAUGCAUAAAGUGCGCUAUGGAUCCUAAAUGGCAAGACCAUGUAUUUGGGAAAAUUAAUACUCCAGAAGUGCAAUUGAUGUCUACUCUUUAUCAAUUUUACUUGAAUAGUAAUAAAGAAUCCGCUAUUUAUACGCCUUGUGACGAAAUUUUAGCUGCUAUAGUUCUCAGACCUGACAUGGCUACAAAACUAAUUGAACAUCACGCAGAUAUAGAAUUAACUGGACGUCGAACUAGAGGCCAGGUUGUCAUAGAUCACUUGGCGUCGAAUAAACCCAACACAAACAUAGUCACUGAAUGCAAUUUGGAAAUCUUUAAAGAACUGUUGAUACUCGCCUUGGACCCUGAGAACUAUGAAGGAGAUGUUCUGUAAAAUCAAUAGCAUGUAAUGAAUUAGCGAAAUCUUUCGUGUAAAUCGAUUAAAAAAUGUACAAAUGUACGUAUGUACAUACGAAUGAAUUCAAACUUCAAAUAUCAAACACGUUCUACCAGCUUAUUUGGCAUUAACAUCAGUCAUACAACAUAGCUAAUGGCAAAUCUACUUUAAAUAAACUCUGGUAAUAUCUCGAU